CCCGGCUGCUCGUGUGGGGCAGUGGGCUAAAGGUGAACAGCAGCAGUAAACACAGGAUACCGACACCCGAACCGAGUCUUCGCAAACUCUUCAUAAAAUUCACGUUUUUCUCUCAUGCUGCGUCAUUAAGCUGCUGUUAACAUACCCCGAAGGCGGACGUAAAAAUGAGCAGUCAGUUGUCAGAGUCGACGCAAGAGCGGACCUUCCAGUACCAAAGCAGCCUGCCCCCCCUACCCGUCCCUUCACUGGAGGGCACCCUAUCCAAGUACCUGGAUGCAGUGCGUCCAUUUGCAUCGGAAACAGAGUUUAACUCCACAGUGGAUAUCGUGCAGAAAUUUCAACAUGGCAUCGGGAAAGAACUGCACCAGAAACUCCUCCAGAGAGCCAAAACCAGGAGGAACUGGCUGGAGGAGUGGUGGUUAGACACGGCAUACCUGGAGGUCCGCAUCCCCUCGCAGCUUAACGUGAACUUCGCUGGCCCGGCUCCCUACCUGGAGCACUGCUGGCCCCCCGCAGAGGGAACGCAACUGCAGCGGGCCAGUGUUAACAUCUGGCACACGCUGCAGUACUGGAACCUCAUUUACAAGGAGAAGAUGGCGCCCCAGAAAGCUGGAAAGGUGCCGUUAGAUAUGGAUCAGUUCCGGAUGCUCUUCUGCACCUGCAAAGUACCCGGAGUUAAGAAGGAUGCCCUCUAUAACUACUUCAAGACCGAGCAAGAGGGCAAAUGCCCCUCCCACUUGGUUGUCAUGUGUCGAGGGCGGAUUUUCACUUUUGAUGCGCUGUGUCACGGACAAAUCCUCACGCCGCCGGAACUCCUCAGGCAGCUGAGCUAUGUGAAAGAACGUUGCCAAGGGCGACCACACGGUGACGGCGUGGCCGCUCUUACCUCAGAUGACAGGACUCGAUGGGCAAAGGCCAGGGAGCAUCUGAUAAGUGUGGACCCCCACAAUGAAACCAUCCUGGAGACCAUCCAGAGCAGCCUCUUCGUCAUAUCACUGGAUGACACCAAACCCUACUCCUCUGCAGAGAACUACACAAACAUGACCCGCGAGGCUCUCAUGGGAGACCCCACCAUUCGCUGGGGAGACAAAUCGUACAACUCCCUCGUGUUCUCCGAUGGUACCUUUGGAUCCACUUGUGAUCAUGCACCCUAUGAUGCUAUGGUCCUGGUGUCCAUGUGCUGGUACAUCGACCAGCAACUCAGAGCCACUGAGGGCAAGUGGAAGGGCUCAGACUCGGUGCGACCCGUGCCUUUUCCUGAGGAGCUAGUUUUUACCGUGGACCAGAAAGUUCUGAGUGACAUAAGCUACGCCAAACGCCAAUACCAGGAGACGGCACGGGACCUCCAGCUUUUGUGCUACGCCUUCACCGGCUUUGGAAAGUCGGCCAUCAAAAAGAAGAAUCUCCAUCCGGAUACUUUUGUUCAGCUGGCCUUGCAGCUCAGCUACUACAAAAUGAACAAAAGACCAGGAAGCUGCUAUGAAACGGCGAUGACCCGCAGGUUCUACCACGGCAGGACAGAGACCAUGCGGCCUUGCACCAGCGAGGCGCUCGCCUGGUGUAAAGCCAUGGUGGACCCCACGUGCACUAUUCAGGACAAGAGGAAAGCCAUGCUGCAGGCCUUCAACAGACACAACAAGCUGAUGGCAGAGGGACAAGACGGCAAAGGCUUCGACAGGCAUCUUCUUGGAUUGUAUCUAAUCGCCAAAGAGGAGGGACGUCCCACUCCUGCUCUUUUUACAGACCCCCUCUAUGCCAAGAGUGGAGGCGGCGGGAACUUUGUGCUGUCGUCCAGCCUGGUGGGCUACACGACAGUCCUGGGGGCCGUUGCUCCCAUGGUGCAUCACGGCUACGGCUUCUUCUACCGCAUCAACAAUGACAGGGUUGUGAUCUCCAUCUCAGCCUGGGAAUCCUGCCGUCAGACCGACGCAGUGGCGCUGUUCAACAACUUCUCCAACUCCAUGCAUGAGAUGUUCCACCUGGCAACCACCUCUCAGCUUUAAGUAGUUUGGGUUUUCAUUUUGGGUAUCGACCUCGCAGACUUUACAGUGAGCACACAUCAGUGAAAACGUAAGCAAUCAUCGCUAAUUAUGCCUGUUUAUGAAUGUGUCAUUUAUCGCUAAGCUAAAUCUUGUGGAUUGUUUUUUAGAUUGUAAAUAUUCAUCUCAGCACCAAACCCGUACUUGUUUUUGUUUUUCUUAACAUUACACAGUACAGUAUUACACAUUCCCAUUUACUACUUACCAUGCAUUUAUUGGAGGUAUGGCAUUCACUAGAGAGGAGGCCUUUACCGGUACAUAGUAAGUGCAUUUCCUGAUAUUUCCCACAAAUAUAAUUUUCUACCGCUUAUCCUCACGGGGUACACCCUGGACUAGUGGCCAUGCAGCCAAUCACAGGGCACAUAUAGACAAACAACCAUUCACACUCACAUUCAUACCUAUGGACAAUUUGGAGUCGCUAAUUAACCUAGCAUGUUUUUGGAAUGUGGGAGGAAACGGGAAUACUCGGAGAAAAGCCACGCAUGCACGGGGAGAACAUGCAAACUCCACACAGAGAUGGCCUACAGUGGGAUCGAACAUGGGUGUCUUAGCUGUGAGGUCUGCGCGCUAACCACUCGUCCGCCGUGCCGAAAUUUGGGUACAUUUUUGUUAAAAUCUUUGGAGAAAAAAUUUUUUGGUGGCAAAAUUCUAAAAAUAAUGUUUGUAUAAACACUGUAUUUUGGGGGUGAAGUCAUGUUUUUGUAAAAAACAAAGGAAAAAAAAUCAAAUUUUUGUUUUGAAAAAAAUCUAAAUUCUUUCUUAAAAUUCAUAAUGUUUGGUUAAAAAAAUUCAUAAUUUUUCUUUGGAUAGUUUAUAAAUAUAACAUGCAAACUCCACACAGGGAUGGCCGAGGGUGGGAUUGAACAUGGGUGUCCUAGCUGUAAGGUCUGCGCGCUAACCACUUGUCCGCCGUGCCGAAAUUUGUGUACAUUUUUGUUAAAAUCUUUGGAGAAAUGUUUUUUGGUGGCAAAAUUCUAAAAAUAAUGUUUGUAUAAACACAUAUUUUGGGGGUGAAGUCAUGUUUUUGUAAAAAAAAAAAAAGGAAAAAAAAAUCAAAUUUUUGUUUUGAAAAAAAAUCUAAAUUUUUUCUUAAAAUUCAUAAUGUUUGGUUAAAAAAAAUCAUAAUUUUUCUUUGGAUAGUUUAUAAAUGUAACAUGCAAACUCCACACAGAGAUGGCCGAGGGUGGGAUCGAACUCGGGUCUCCUAGCUGUGAGGUCUGCGCGCUAACCACUCACCACCGUGCAGCCCCUCACAUAUAAUGAAACUGAAUUAAAUUAUUAUAUUGUAAUAUUGUAAUUAAUCAUAUAAAAAUACCCCUCUGUAUUAUAAAAUUGUUAUUUUGGUAAUAUCAUGUACUGAGUCACAUGAAGGCAUCAGAAACCGUAAUCGAUUCCCAUUUGUGUUAAUAAAGGAGGCAUUUUUUUUU